AUGGAAUUCAGUCAGCAGGGUCUCAUUAUCGCAAAAGAGACUGGAAGCAAAGCUUUGAAUGUAACGGCGUCUAGGAACUUUGGAGACAUUUAUGAAUCUCUUGGUAACUUCUCUGCAGCUGAAAUUUUUUUCAAAUCAAGUAUCAGCCUGGUGGAAAAAACGAGGGUUCUUCUUCAAAACAAAGACGAAUGGAAAAUCAGUUUUCGGAAUAAACAUAAAGUUUAUAAUUCUUUAUGCGGUCUUCAAGUACAACAAGGCAAGAUAUUCGAGGCGCUUUUAACAGCUGAGCGUGGACGAGCACAGGUUCUCGCUGAUCUCAUGAAAUUUCAGUUCGGCGUAAAAUCAAUUCAAUCAAUGUCAGAAGGGCAGAUUGAAAGAGAGUCUAACUUUCUAGGCCAUAUUUCCUCACCUGCGAUAUUCAUCGCGGAAGACCGCCCCAAAUCACUGAACAUUUGGUUACUACUAAAGGGACAAAAGUGGCAUUUCAUACGAAAGGAAAUGAGUCACCGAUUAACUUGUUUGACUCACGCUUCAUACAGACGAAUUGGUGUUCAUAAUGGUGCCAGGUGCGAGGAUCGCUCCUUUGGUGGGUCAGAAGAUUUAGAGAUCGAAACGUUUUUCGAUAGGGGUUUAAAUGAAACAGAAUCAACUUUCGCACACCGCAAGUGUUGUCUGUGUAAUGCAUUGGAAACAUUGAAUGAAGUGAUUUUUGCUUCCAUUUCACACUGGAUAACAGGCGAUGAAGUUAUCAUUGUACCUGACGGUCCGUCAUUCUUGAUUCCUUAUGCUGCCCUUGUGGACCAGCAUUCCAAGUAUUUGUCUGAGAGGCUGAGAAUUCGAUUAGCUCCGUCACUAACCACCUUAAGGCUGCUGACAGAGUGUCCAGAGGAGCACCACAGCAAGUUUGGUGCAUUGCUUGUUGGGAACCCGUGGGUGAAAACUGUACGUAUCAAAGGCUGCAAACCGUUUCCGCAGCUUCCAGGUGCAGAGAAAGAAGUGAACAUGAUUGGAAAGAUAAUAAAUAUUGAGCCUCUCACUGGAAAGGAUGCUACAAAAAAUCAAGUUUUAAGCAAGCUUAACUCCAUCUCUCUCGUUCACAUAGCAGCUCAUGGUCGUUAAGCAACAGGCGAAAUUAUUUUGUCUCCCAAUGACGCUAGCUCCGAAAGACCCAGAGAAGAAGACUUUCUUUUGA